CGCCAGUACUGACCCAGCGUUCGUCGAGUGCCCGAGUUUCGCAGGUGCGGCAGUGCUUCAGUGAGUGUUUCACCCGACAUGUGCACAGCCCCCCGAUGUCGGUGAUGAAGGGGUGCGAGGGGGGCGGCAACGUCGUGCGCUGCGGCUACCUCAAAAAACUGAAAACGUCCCGCAAGAAGUUCUUCGUUUUGCGCGCCGAGACGGCCGAGGCGUCCGCGCGCCUGGAGUACUACGACUCGGAGCGCAAGUUCCACGGGGGCCAGCCGCCGAAGCGCAGCAUCCCGCUGAAGAACUGCUUCAACAUCAACCGGCGGCUGGACACCAAACACAAGCACGUCAUCGCGUUGUACACGAAGGACGACUGCUUCUGCGUGGUGCUGGAGAGCGAGGAGGACGUGGACGGCUGGCUGAAGGCGCUGCUCAAGCUGCAGCACGGCGAGGAAGUCGUCGACGGCGAGGCGCCCAAGCCGACGUUCGAACACGUGUGGCAAGUGACUGUACUUAAUAGGGGCCUGGGAAAUGCGGGCCUUGUGGGUAAUUACAGGCUGUGUCUCACCGACAAGACGCUAAGCUUGAUCAAGAGAGACUGCGAAGUGCCGCAGAUUGAACUGAAUUUGACGAAUAUAAGGAGUUGCGGGAACCUGAGGGACUUCUUCUUUCUAGAGAUCGGAAGAUCCAGCACUCUGGGGGCCGGUGAACUAUGGAUGCAGACGGAGGAUAACAACAUCGCCCAGAAUAUCCACUCAACAGUUUUCCACGCAAUGUCAACCAACAGCAACAAAGAGGACCUCUGUCCGAAGAGCCGAAAUCGCUCAUCCUCGGCGACCGAAUCUUCCAAACCCAACAACAUGACGCGGAAAAUCCACAACAUCCCGCCGAAAUGUCACAUCUUACCUCAAGAUAUAUCCCACUCUACUACUGACACACAGGUUCCUACUGCAGGCAGCUCUUCGCAGCACCCUAUCGUGAGCGGUGUUGCCAGUUUUUAUCAGCACUUAAUCCAAAGGGGAACGUCGAAAGCAGCGGAGCGUCGCCAUUCGAUAUCAGCAGGGAGUGUAACCCAGUCUGGAACAAUCAGCCAUCAGCGCACUCAAUCACUGCCCUUAGCGAAUCCUCCUGCACCUAUUUCUGAUCAAAACACUUCACACCCUUUGCGAGUCGUUGCCAAGCGCUCCAAUCAGUCCUCCAAAUGCAUGAGCGGCGGCCGCGAGCGCUGCGACAGCAUGCCCUCCCGUGCGCGCACCACCUCCGAGGGCACGCACCCCAUGUGGAACCAGACGGGACGCUGCCACCUCAACCCCUACCGUCCCGCGUCCCUGUACGGACGCGACAUCUCCCACAGCCCCCCUUCGGGCAGCCCCGUCAGCCCGCCCUCCGUCGGCUGCUCGACCGACUCGGCGGGCUCCUCGUACAGCCUCACCGACGAGACCGACGUCUGCACCGAGCUGGACCCCACCCUGGGCCGCUACGGCCACUCGCUCACGCCGGACGAGGCCAUCGCCGAAGAGGAGUGCCCCGACAGCCCCCCCUACACCAACAACUACGUCUCGAUGGCGAUGCACAGCUCCGACGACGGAUACGUGGACAUGUCGCCGAAGGGCCGCCACCACAACAACUCGCCCACGGCGAGUCUGAGUAGCGUCACGUCGGGCACGCCGUCCACGGACAUGCGCUUCGCCGAUUUUCGCCUGGAGAAGGUCACGUCGUAUCUGACGUCGGAGGACGACGACGCGAGGCCCACGAGGGCCUACUCGGUGGGCUCCAAGCCCGAGGGGUACAAGAAGUACACGGAGAUGCUGGCCGGGAACAGCGACAACCUGAGGGUGCGCGCGCUCAGCGUGGGGUCCAAGAAGGGGCCCGGGAGGGUGCUGCCGCCCCACGGCUACCACGCGCACCAGGGCGCCAAGUCCUCGAGCGCACCCAUCCUGAGCAACUCGCGGGGGCAGGGCUCGCACAACUCGAUCGGCCCGAUGGACGACCUCAUGGAGAUGGACUUCAGCAGCAGAUCGGGCAGCAGCGUGAACAAUUCGGGCUACAUGGACAUGCGCCCCGGCCCGAAGAACAACCACGGCUACGUGGAGAUGAAGCCGGGCCGCAAGCCCGACACCUCCCCCUACGUGGACAUGUCGCAAGGCUCCUCCCCAGCCAAGCCGUCGUACAUCUCCCCCCAGUCCGACGGCUUCAGCGACGUCUCCAACGACUACAUGGAAAUGGACCCCCGUAAGAACUCCACGUACCACAACAACAACAACAAUAACAACAACGGCGACUACUUGACGAUGUCGUUCAAGCGGCCGCCGUCGAACUACCAGCUUUCCCCGGCCAAGGCGUCGCCCCUCGGCGGCAACUACCUCGACUCGCACUACGGCAGCCCCAAGACCGAGCCGGCCACCCCCGACGGCUACGUCGAGAUGUCCCUCGGGCGCGGUCACCAGCGGCAGUCCAGCCUGGACAGCGCGCAGAUCGUCAACGAGGACUACGCCAACAUGUCGAUGGGGAAGAAGCGCGACCGCAACUCCCGCAAGAAGGAGAAGGCGCGGUCGCAGCCCAUCGCCAUCCAGAACCCCGGCGGCAACGCCCCCAAGGGCAGCGCGGGCUCGAGCAGUCCGCGCUACGCCCUCCUGGGCCGCAAGUACUCGACGGGAACCCCGCCCAUGCAUUUACCGCUCGCCGAGGCCACGCCCUACGCCAGCCUGCCGCGCCAACAGCGCCGGCGCGACUCCAAGGACAGCUCGAGCUCGAGCGUGACCACGCCCUCCAGCUCGUCGACGAUAUUCCCGUUCAGCUUGAACAGCCCGUGCAGCCCGGCGAAGCCGGACAAGAAGAAGACUGAGAGUGACUACACGCCGAUGGACUUCGAGGGCCGCUCCGACUACGUCAACUACAACCCCAAGACGCCCGUGAACGAGGACUACGCCGUGAUGAAGCCGGGGGUGCGCGUGAGCUCGCCGUCGGUGCGCAUGGCGGUGAUGCAGCUGUCGGACUCGGCGCAGUUCCGCCCGAUCAACGAGACGCGCGACGACGCGCCGCCCCCGGAGGGGCCGGACCCGCCGUACGAGGUGCUGCGCGCGCGGCCGGAGAGCGGCCGCAGCUCGCUGUCGCGGCCGAGCUCCACGUCGAGCGAAUUGUGCUCGUCGGGGUCGACGGUCGUGGGGUCGCGGCCGGAGUCGGUCAACAGCGACCGCGCGCGCCCCGCCUCCGUCAGCUCGGCGGACGUGCAGCUGCACUACGCCAGCCUGGACCUGGACGAGGGAAACCGCAGCCCGCGCACCGUCAAGGGGGCGGCGGGGGAGGCGCAGGCCGGCGCCGAGGUGACGCUAACGUACGCCGCCAUCGACUUCGUGAAGAGCGAGGGGCUUAAGCACAACUCGCUGGCGACGAACGCGAAGGUUAAGCACUAGAAGAGACUGAUUAGGUAAUUCUGUUACCGGGACUUUGUCAUAUCGGGAUGACUUGCGGUUGUUGAAUGGUUGUUUGUAGGCGAAGAGUAGGGAAAUUCGUUUUUGUUGAGUUGGGCGGUUCUGUUUUCUUUUUGCAAAUUAUAGGAGAAUAUUUACGAGUAACGUAAUUUGUAAACAUAUCACCUCCCCGCCGGGGUUCGGCUCGGCUCGACUCGGUUCGGUUCGGCCGAGCGGGCGAGGGACUGUGGCGACAUCUGUCUAGGUCUUAGUAAGUGUUGGAAGGAAACGUGUACGCUAAAUGUUUUGAUAUUAAUUUCGUUUGAUGAUCUCGGACGAGAGAGGGGGGGAUCGCGGGUAGGAUUGAGUGCAUUCCACGAGGUUUUGAUUUUAUUCGUGAUCUUCCGAGAUGAAUCGAAUUCGAAGAGAUUCACAAUCACUAGAAAAUUAUUUCCCUCAGACUAGCGAAAGUUUUAGGUGUAUCGUUAGUAUCAUCACUAUAAAGAAAAUAUUUUAUAUACAAGGAUGAAUCGUAAACAAUUUAUUGUAAUUAAAUAUUUCUAUUCCACAUUUUUAAAGCAAUGUUAUGUAAAUGUACUAUAUUAUCUAAACCUGUUUGUAAGAAAGAUAUUGUAAUUAAAACAUAGGUUUUAAAUAAUGAUGUAGUUAGCUGCGAGUUGUAACGUGUAAUAUUUUAUUAUUAUGAUUAUUGAGGCUCAAUUUAUAAUUCCUAUAUAGUCAUGAAAUGACAUUUUUUCGUUUUUAUUUAUAAGCUGUACAUUGUAAGUGUUAAUUUAUUUGUAUUUAUAUUCGUUUAUCAAGUAAGUAUAUUUAAAAAGGAAAAAGAAUACCAAACAUCAUGUUCCACCACAUAACUGCCAUAAAAUGUAUGAUAAGUGAAAAAUUUUUAUACACAACAGGUGCUAAAAGUCUACAACCACACACGAUGCUGUUCCUUUCUUUUUCAAAUGAUGACAGUGCCUUUACACACGUUUUUUUUUAAGAUAUUAGCAUUUUAUUUUCGUUGCUUUUAACCCAUAGAACUUUCAACACUUUUUUUACGUUCGGUUUUAUUUCUUCUUUCGUAACGUCGUCGUAGGUCGAAUUCUCUUGAUCUGUUUAUGAACUACUUCCACGAAAACCGUAAACUAAGAAAGAGCCUUGACUUAUAUCAUUAAUAAAAUUUAGAAAAGAUAUUUAAUAAAAUGCUAUAUAAUCUUGAAAUAGCUUACGCAAUUUAUGUAGUUAUGCAUGUAAAAAUGAAUGUGAAACUACUCUAGGAAAUUUUACUAAAUGUAAAGAAAUUUGGAAAUUGUCAGGUACGUCGUGAUCUUUCCCCAAGCGGACCGAUCACGUUUCAGUUAAUCAUUAUUGUAUUAUUUAAAAUAACGAUGUUGAAAAUGUAUCAAAAAUAUUUAAAUCCUAUAAUUUGCGAAAUUUUGUAACAAAUCAUUACCUCUUCGUUUCGGAUUAUAAGCACUAAACUAGUGUCUGUACAUAAUAUUGGCUGCCUAUAUUUUUUUUGUAAAUCGAUAAAUAAAUUAUUUCAUUUA